GAGAAACUGGCGAGGUACAGACAGCAAAGCCCGCGGUAGUCCCAGAGCAGUCAAGCGGAACCAAGAGUCUGCACUCGGAGUUCCUGCCGGAGUCUGAAACACGGCGAACCAGGCCCUGCGCGCAUGCUCGCUUCAUGCUGCGGCCCGCACCCGGUACUGGAACGGCCUGCAGCGGCUUCGACCCAGCUUCGGGUACCCCAGGGCUUCAGAGGUUGUCGAACGGUGCCGGCCCUGAGUCUCGCUGUUUUCUCGUCUUCCCAGCGACUCAGAGGCAGAGCGACGUUGGCCGUGGUGCAAACCGACCCAGGAACCAGAUGAGCGGAGACACCUGUGUCCAAACCUGGCCAUGCUCCUAUUAUUUAGAGCUUGAAAAGCGAUGGGUCCCUGGAAGACUGUCAUUAACUUCUCUCUCACUAAAGUUUAUGACUGAUAAAACUAGAGAGACUCUUGUCAGCUUUCCCCUCUCUAGUAUAAUUGAGAUCAAGAAAGAAGCUUCUCAUUUUAUCUUCAGUUCCAUUACCAUCCUGGAGAGGGACCACAGCAAGCACUGGUUCAGUUCCUUGCAGCCUAGCCGAAAUGCUGUUUUCAGCGUCAUCGAGCAUUUCUGGAGAGAGCUGCUGUUGUGUGAGUCAGGAGCUGCCGCUGAGGCGGCCUCCUCCUCCAUGACCAAGGGGAAGGAGCUGACUUGUCUGAUGGCCUGUACCCAGAAGCGUCUGGAAGACACAGCCAGAGUCCUCCACCAUCAGGGCGAGCAACUCGACGGUAUCUCCAGAGGCCUGGACAAGAUGGAAUCUGACCUGGAUGUGGCUGACAGGUUGCUGACUGAACUGGAGUCUCCUUCUUGGUGGCCCUUUAGCUCCAAGCUUUGGAAGACACCAUCGGAGACAAAGCCCAAGUGGGACACCUCCAUGGCUGAUUCCAAAGCUUUCGGAAAAGAAGGGAUAGUGAUCCAAGUUCCUGCUGUUAUUUCCCAAAGAACAGAAUCUCAUGUUAAACCAGGAAGGCUCACCGUCCUUGUUUCUGGGUUGGAAAUCUACAACUCAGAUUCUUUGCUCAUGCACAGAUUUGAAAGAGAAGACGUGGAUGACAUCAAGGUCCACACACCUUAUGAAAUUAGCAUCCGCCAGCGGUUCAUUGGGAAGCCAGACAUAAGUUAUCGUUUGAUAUCUGCCAAGAUGCCAGAGGUUAUCCCCAUUUUGGAAGUACAGUUCAGCAAGAAGAUCGAGUUAUUAGAAGUCGCCAUGAUGCCCAGAAGCACUAGAACCUCUUCCCUAGCAGAGAAGGGCUACUCAGUCUGGCAUGCAGCAUCUGGACUGAUGGACCAAGCCACGCACUGUGAAUCCUCCUCAGGGAGCCAGGAAGGGAGGCCACUUCAGCUGCAGACAAGUGAGCCAGUAAUUUCUGAGGAAGACACCCAGGAACUGGGACAGAUCCUGAGGAAGCUCAAAAGUCUUGCGUUAGACACCGAAACAGAGCUGGAGAGACAGGAUGAGGCCUUGGAUGGCAUCACUGAAGCUGUGGACCGGACGACCUUAACCAUCGACAAGCACAACCGACGAAUGAAGAAACUGACUUAGAAGAACAGGCAAGCAUAGGGCUGACCGCUGCUGAUGAGAAUCACUUCAGAGCACGUUGUUCUCAGAUCCUGCACGCUUCCUUUGGGAUGAAGACCCGGGAAGCCAUCCCAGGUGCCUGUCCCGGGAGGGGCACGGCCACCUCAGGAUGCAGGGCUGCCGAGAAAGUGGCUCGGGGCGACCGCAGCCGCCACCAGGGACUCCCUUGUAGAGAGCUGGACGUGCAGGGCAGGAGUUCUGCCUACACGUACAGUGAGCUCCUGCCUGCAGGGCCCACCCAGGCUGCCCGGGGAGUCAGGGGCACCCACACAUUCAAACACAGGCUGAGCCCUGUGAGGUGGCCACGGCAGCACGGCGUCUUCAUUCUGAGGGUGAGCUGGACCCAGGCCUCGGGGACCACUUUGCCUGGCCACAGUCCCAGGUCUCCAGGGCACAACUAGCUGUAUUUGCAUCCUGUCUCCUCUUGAUAACCAUAAAAAGGACGAUUUACGUCUCUAUGAAAGAAUCUGCUUAUUUCUAACCCUCUGCCUGUUUGAACACUGCAGGCGUAUCCUUUGUCAGGAAAAUCUCUUCUCCAGAACUACAUUCGGUCCUGAGCCUGCCUCUCCUGCAUGGCCUGCUCAGCACAGACCUCAUUGCCUUCACGUUGUUCCGUUUUUCUCUGAUGGACAGGUCAGUUUCUCUUUGGUUAUACUGUAAGUUCUAAUAAAAGCUAAGAGUACACCUGGUACACCCUGA